AUGGCUCCAACUAUGAGACACCACCAUACUUUAACUUUACGGAAUCAUCGUCGCGCAAUAGCAAGCACGCCCGUAUCUGGUUCCACAACCCCGAACUCAUCCGCCUACCCUUCAGCAUAUCCAUCCGAUGCUGAAGACAUCACCCCUACCACCUCUCGAAAGACAAAACAAUCAUUUCCAUUCCUUUCUCUUCCUUCCGAACUCCGUACCAAGAUAUACACUCUCAUAUUCGCCCCCCUCCCUCCAGUUAUCGACCUCGACCCCACAACUUUCUCCAUCAUCCAUCGCUACAAACCACUCUCCCUAUUUACUGUCAAUAGACAACUAUACAACGAAUCAUCGCACCAUUUCUUCGCUACUUAUACCUUCCGCAUCUUCCCCAUUCAUCCAGGUCGGUAUUUCAAGACAAAGAAACCCUUACUCGCGCGUCUGCCAUCCCAUUACCGCAACUCAAUAGUUACACUUGAACUUCGUCUAGGUCCGGGCUGGAAUAAUCCUCCAAGAGGUUGGGUUAUAACACCCUUACUUGGACUUCUAGAUUGUACAUCCGUUCGCGCCUUAAAAGUAUACGUGGAAUGCGACCCCUCCGAUGCUAUAUUUAAGGGUUUUAGAGUAAGUGAUGGAUUUUACGAGGGCUUUUGCCAGGAACUCCUAGAAGGAAUAUUAAGGGAUGUGAAAGGAAUUGAAACUAUUGAGUUCGAUGCUUAUCCUGGUGUGAUGAGAAGCGGAGCUAUGAUGAGUGGAUUGGAAGAGUUAGUGAAGAGGCAUGGAAAGAUUGUGGGAUGGGGCCCCGACAGGGGUUGGGUAGUGGAGAAAUUCGGAGAGGGCAAAGAAAGGGUCUGGUUGGACGCUGUGCUUGUACAUGGAGCUGGUAGAGCGAGAGUUGUUUCGACGGGUGCGCUGGGUAUUGUGGCUUCAGCCGAUGUCAAGCAAACCGCUGUUGAAGCAUAG